AUGUGUUUCUGUUCUCUGCAGCCCAUCUCUCUGAGCUGGUGGCCUCUCUUUCGUGACGCUGUUUUCUACAUCCUGUCCAUACUGGUGCUUAUCCUGGUGAUCUAUGAUGAAAAGGUUGUGUGGUGGGAGACCAUCAUCCUGAUCUCUAUGUACGGCCUCUACAUCAUCAUCAUGAAGUUCAACAGGUCUCUGUGCAGCCUGGUAGAGACGCACUGCAGCAGGGAGGGUCAGCCGUGUCUGAGCUUCCUGCGACGUACAACUGCUGUCGGAAACGCUGGAGACUGUGACAACGACAUGGUGCCGCUGAAGCCAGACUCGUGCGUGGUGGCUGGACAGGACACAGGGGUGGCGAUGGCGGACGAGCAGAUGAACCCUCACCCCCACCAGCUCUCCUUCUCAGAGGCAAGCCUCCGCCUUCUCAUGACCCUGCAUUUCCCCCCCCUCACCCGCCUGCGCAUGGCAGGACACAUGGUCAUCAGUGAG